AUGGGACUCCGAUACCCCGCACAGCCCAGCCCCGGCGGGAGGCUCCGGGCGCGGCGGCAGCUCCGAGUCGCCUGCACCAUCUGCUGCGUCUUCAUGGUCGGGGAGGUGAUAGGCGGCUACCUGGCGCACAGCCUGGCCAUCAUGACGGACGCGGCGCAUCUGCUGGCCGACGUGGGCAGCAUGGCCGUGAGCCUCUUCUCGCUCUGGGUCUCCGCCCGGCCGCCCACCAGGACCAUGAGCUUCGGCUGGCACCGUGCGGAGACGCUGGGCGCGCUGGCCUCCGUGCUCUCCAUCUGGCUGGUGACGGCGGCGCUCGUCUACCUGGCGGCUGCCCGCAUCCUCAGCGGCGACUACGAGAUCGAGGCGCGGGCCAUGCUGGCCACGUCCGCCGGCGCCGUGGCCGUCAACCUGCUCAUGGCCUACGUGCUGCGCCAGCCUGGCCACGGCCAUGGCCCCGGCUACGAGCGGCUGGAGGGCGGCGCGCCGGGCCAGGCGCUGCCCGGCAGCACCAGCGUCCGCGCCGCCUUCGUGCACGUCGUGGGCGACCUGCUGCAGAGCGUCGGCGUCCUCGUGGCCGCCACCGUCAUCUACUUCAAGCCCCAGUGCAAGAUCGCGGACCCCAUCAGCACCCUGCUCUUCUCCCUCUUCGUGCUGGGCUCCACCGCGGCCAUCCUGCGGGACGUCUUCCGUGUGCUCAUGGAA